CCCAAUUGGGAGAUAUGAAAAAUAAUAUCAAUGCGCGAAAAACCAAAAAAGCGCUGUUGCGCAUGUGAUAUUAAAUUUCGGAUCAUACCACAAAGAACGAUUGCGCAUGAGAAUCGGAUAUUAAAUCACAGGGGAAUAUGAAAUAUUAUUCAAGUUAAAAUAUUUGGAAAAUUUGCAUUGGGCGUUAAGUGAGAUCUCUGUUUGAUUGCGAUUUCUACUAGUUUUUUAUGGAGGCGGCCAUCUUGCGAAAUGUCUAAACAAUUCCAAGUGCUACCUAAGAUGGUAACAUGACGGUAUUAGAAUGAAGUGCAAGUUGAACUACAUUAAAUGUUGUUACGUGGUCGUAACCAUGGCAUCAUUUACGACAACCUGUGGAAUAAUGUACUUUUACUCAGAGUCAGGCUUUCUCCAAAUGUGGAACAAAGAAAAUACAACGUCUGAAUUGUCAAAAAACACAAAUGCAACAUAUGUUAAUAAUUAUGUUACUAAACAAUAUUCGAAUUCUUCAUACCUUCUCAAAAGACACUUUUUAAGUAAAUCUACAGCUAGUUCGAUCCCAGACCUUGUUGAUAUGAUUCAUAACUUCAAGCUAAAUAAUAUCACAGUAAAGAGCGAAAAAGAGUGCCAGCGUCACAAAUUCAUUGUCUAUAGUUGCGAUUACUCUAGGUCUUGUGGUGGACUGGGUGAUAGACAACGAGGUAUUGUUUCUUUGUUUUUACUAGCUUUACUAACAUCAAGAGCGUUUGUCAUCAGUUCUGAAAAGCCAUGUGCCCUUGAAAACGUUUUAAAACCACACUUAUAUGACUGGUCCGUAUGCAAAUCAUUCGUUAAUACAAUAGAAACAAAGGAUUCCAAGAUGUUUGACUUUGUUGAUAGAGCAAAACUGUUUAAUGCUAAUCAAAAUUUUGACAAAUGGCGAUGGAAGGUCGUGUUCAUCAAAAUAAAUUUUCAUCUGUUUUAUCAACUCCGGAAACGCAAGGACGUUAGAGACCAUAUAGACUGGCUUGUGCACAUGUCAAAGUGGAAAGCAGUAAACACUGUACUUCAAAUACUGUUUAAACCAACACAGACAAGUUUGGAUUACCUUCAACAAUUUGAUAAACAUGAAGUAAAAGGAAAGACACUUGUGUGUAGUCACAUACGUACAGGCAAGAAUCCAAGUAUACCAGAGGAUAGCUUAUUUAGGACAAAACCUGACGAAACAAUAAUAUUCGACUUUCUGAAAAAAUACAUUGUGUCUAGCAAAUAUGUCCUUUAUCUAGCAACUGAUUCAGAUUCUAUCCGCCAAGCAUUUUUCAAAAUGUUUGAAAACAGUAUCAAAAUGAAUAUUACUAUUGUUCACAUUGAUCGUUUGGGUAAGUAUGAAAUGUUUCAGAAGCAAGCUUGUGAAGGACUUAAGUUUGCUGUUAUAGAGCAGUAUAUUCUUUCUGUUUGUGACAUUUUGAUACUGACAAAGAGUGGAUUUGGAACGACAGCAGCAUAUAUACGAGGAAAAUCGGAUCAGUUGUAUAUGUUCCAUCCAAUAAAAAGACGUGUUGUUUUGUCAGAUUUAAGAAAUAUAUAAUCUUUCCAAUAAUUUUUGUUUUUUUGUUAUAACAUAUAGUAUCACACUUCUUUUUUGUAAAAUUGUCAUGUCAUUUGAGAGAAAAAAUUAGAAGGUGUUCGUGAUUUUGUAUAUGUUUUACCAUAUACUCCAAUCGACUAUUUUCCAUCUUUGAUAUUUUCAUAUAAGAAACCAAUGUAUAUGUAACAACGUGUCUUCAUGUUAGAUAUUUCUGUGGUACAACUUGUGUGGGAUGAAUCAAAUUUAACAUUAGAAAAUCUCAAAAACAGGUGUUUGAUGAGUCAUUUGGUUGCUUAUAAACAUAUUGUACAAAUAAAGUGCAGCUCGAAAAUAAUUGCUCAACAAUGCGAUAUAUGCCAAACGAAAAUAUAGAUUAUGAAUACAUAAAUUCCUUAUAUUAUUUAUGGAACUGUGUGAUAUAGAGAAUAACAGGCUACUGCUUUUGAUAUCAAUGUUGUCAGGUCGGGGCUGAUAUGGGCUUGGAGGUGUGAGGAAACCUUCCGCCCAUAUCUGCCGAGCCUGAUAAACAUUGAUAUCAAAAGACAGUUGUCUGUUAUUCUAUUUAUCAUGAAACUCAUAAUACCUGCCUAGUACAACAUAUGUCCUCAUCUCUUAUUUUGUAAAAUUGAUUCUGAAGAAAACAAAAAUAAAUUCACAUUUUACGGACUUAAAAAUUAAUCCGAUCCUGAAACAUCUGAACGAAACAAUAUGGCAGCCGUCUUGAAUUCAACUUGGACAAAGUUUAUUGAUUUUCUGAUAUCCUUAUAAAAGACUAACAAUAAGAUAGACUCUAACCUGCAUAAAAAUAAUAAAGAAAUCAUCCUAUUGCAUAAAUCAGAACAUGCUUUAUUUCCACACUUUUUAACAUUGGACUCGGGCAACUACAUCACAUAGAAUCUACUGAAAAUUUCACUACCAGCUCCAGACACAGUCACAGAGAAUUUAAAGAUUUUAAAAUCACUAAAUUUACACUGUUCCAUGAAUUAUAAUUGAAACAAUCGCUUUUGUUUCUACUUAGUAAAAACGAUGCCUUCUAUCAGGCAUAAAUCAAGAAUAGUAAGUAUAGUGUCAGGUGUAUUAUAAUCCUUUCAAAGAAUCGAUCCGUAUAUGAUGAUGUAAACAUUUUGAUGUUAUAAUGAACGUUACACAUUGACGUCAGUAGGUACUACUGUCUGUGUGAUGAAAGUGGAGACAGGCAUAGUUAAAUUACUAGUUGAGAUUUAAUAAUCUGUUUAGAAAAAAAACAUGCAAAACUAAAACUGGACUCAAUCUGGAAUGAAACUGAUGUAAAAGCUAAUCCGUCAAUAUGGGAGGAGCUUAAUUUUGAUAUCAGGUCAAAACAAUUAGCAGGCAAGUGAUAUCAGGCACUUUGCAUAGUAUUUGCAUGAUAGAAUCGUAUAACGUCAAAAAAGGCAUUAUUGUGAUUUUGAAGCAAAAUUAUAUAUAUUUUUUUCAAUCUAAUCUACGCCUUGAUUUGUAAUACUGCGGUAUCAUUUAUGAUAUUUGCGCUAUAGUUAUAUUAAUUUAUGACAUAAAUGGCUGAAUCGUUAUGUAUUGCUUUACGGGGCUAUACCGAAAAAGUCAUACUGAAUUUUGUACCCGUUGUAAGGAGGGUAUACUGGUUUCAGGUUGUCUGUCUGUAUGUCCGUCUGUCCGUAGACACAAUAUUGUGCACCAGCUCACCCCUUUGACACAAUUUAAUGCAACUUCACAACAGUAGUUGUGCAUGGUGCAUGUUAUGUUCUUUCAGAAUUUUGUUUGGGUUACGGGAUUUUGAUUUGUUUACCAUACUAUAUACAUAGAGUCUGCAUAUGCAAUCUUGUGCGCACCUAAUCUUCUGAACCCAUGCAUACAAUGUAAUGAAACUUAACAAAAGUAAUCAGUAGUUACCUUAGCUGUGCAUGGUGCAUGUUAGGUUCUUUCAGAACAAAAUUCUGCACCGUUAUGGGACCUUUUCUUUUGUUAAUAUCCUACAUGUAUAUACAUACAGUCUGCAUAUGCAAUCUUGUACGCGCCUAAUCUUUUGAACCCUUGCACACAAUUUAGUUAAACUUUACACGAGUGAUCAGUACCAAGCCUAGUUGUACACGAUACAUCUUAUGUUCUUUUAGGUCAGUAUUCUGCAGAGUUAUGGCACUUUGAUUUUUGUUACUUUGCUAUAUACAUAACGUCUGUAUAUGCAAUGUUGUGCGCGCCUUAUCUACAGAACCAGUGCGCACAAUUUAAUGAAACUUCACACAAGUGAUCAGUACCAACCUUACUUUUGCACGGUGCAUGUUAGAGUUCAGAAAUAUUCUGCAGAGUUAUUAGACUUUGUUUUUUGGUUACUAUGCAAUCUUGUGUGCGUCAAAUUGCAAUGUACUGUGUCAGUGCGUGCGGGGUACAUUCAUCACCUUGAGUGAUAGCUCUAGUUUAAUUUGUCUCUGGAUAUAAAGUCAAAUAACUAUUUUCAACGUCAGCUUUAGAAUGAAAUGUGGUUAUCCAGUAAACUUCUAGAUAUAAAAUACAUUGGACAGUUUAAAUUGUGUUGGGAUGGAAAUUUGACUGCCCAGUAUAUUCGGAUACCACAUAACUACAUAUUUUCCUUAUAAUUGGAAUAGAUUUAUUUUUCUUUCACAUUGAUUUAUUUUAUCAUAGCUGCAAGUUAUAUAUAGAACAGCAAACAUCACAAUGGACGCUCUUAAUGGGGACCUUCUGGCCACAUGCACGUGUUUUAUAUAACAAGGCGACGUCUGUACACAACUGAGACCAAUAAAACUAUGAUUUCAUGAAUGAUGCAUUGUAGGGGUCACAAACUUCACAAGAGUUAGCAAAGAGCUUCAUAUAAGGAAAUUUGUUUGGACUAUAUUGUGUAUAUCAGCUUCACCUGUUUAUAAAACAGUUAGUAAUAUACAAUGUAGCCCGCCAGCUUAGCUGCGUAGGGAUAACACAGAUCUACGGAUCGCGGGGUCGUGAGUUCAAUUGUAUGUUCUCGGUGACGGUUUGAUAACAUAUAUUGUGUCUGAUAUCAUCGUACCCCACCUCUGAUUCGUGUGAGGGAAGUUGCAGUUACUUGCGAAGAACAGGUUUUUACUUGUACAGAAUCUAGGAAUAUUAAUAAGGUAUAGAUUUCCCGGUUGUAAAUUUUAUCAAAAUAAAACUACAUUUUUUUUGUCAACACUUCGUUUGUCUUUCCAGCUUGGUUGUUAGGUUUUGAAAGAUAAUUUGAACUCUUAAAGUAUAAUCAGUUUACUUUACCAGAUAUUCUUCUCGUGUUUUCGUAAAAAUAUUAAGUGUUCAUCUAAAUUUCAACACAUUAUAAAGUAGUUAUAAGUGUUGAAUAAUAAGUGCUGUAAACUUAUUUAACUUUUAAACCUCAGUCUCAUUUUAGCACCGAACGUAGCUAAAGUUUCACUUUUUCAAAUAACAAACAAGGCAAUCGAUAACACCGAUAGAUGCUCCCCAAAGCAAAUAUCAAAAAAUGGGGGCAAUUCAAAAACAGGGUCAUAUAGUGUUAAGGUGCAUAGUUACUGCACUUCCUCUCAAAGACCUUAAUAAAUGUGUUAAGUAUAAAGUCAAUCCUUCAUAUAGUUUUCAAGUUAUGUUAUGGACAUGCAUUUUUCACAUAAGGGGAGAUAAUUUAAAAAUAGGGCAGGUUGAGUUAUGGAUCUUUGACACUGCACAUUCUCUACCUGACCUCUAUCUAUGUUAACUAUCAAGUCAAUCCCUUUCAUAGUUUUGGACUUAGGGAGACAAUUCAAAAAUGGGGACAGCUGGAAUUACAAGUCCUGGUUAUUGCACUUUCCUUGAAUGCCCUCUAUAAUUGUUUGAAAUAUCGAGUCAUUCCUUCUUACAGUUUUCAAUUUAUGCUCUGGACAAACAUUUUUCACAAAGGGGGAAAUAAUUCAAAAAUGGGGUCAGCUACAGUUAUGGUUCUUUGACACUGUACUGUCACUCACUGACCUCUAUCAAUAUAUAAAGUAUCAAGUGAAACUCUUCCAUAGUAUUGCACUUAGGCUCCGGACAAGCUUUUUACAAAAAGGCAGAUAAUUAAAAAAUGGGACCACCUAGAAUUACGGUUCCUUAUCACUGCACUUUCUCUUAAUUAUUUCAGCCAUUGUGUGGAGUUACAAAUUAGUAUCUUCAAUACUUUUUUGAGUUGUGUUCCGGACAAUAAGUGUGACGGAUAGACAGACGGACGGACAGACGGACGGACAAGGUGGCGACUAUAUGCCCCCAUCCUUAGGGGUACAUAAAAAACUUCUACCAAUAUGGAGAUAAUGGUCUGUGACAAAUUGUAGUUUUCAUAUAUUUUUUUAAAAAAAGUUAUGUUUUUAUGAUAGCUCAUGUUUUACCUAUUAAAAUCCAUUGGUAACAUUUUUAGGCCAUCUGUAUGGCGGCUAUCUUAAUUUUCAAAUUGAUGAAAAUACUGUUACAUAUUUAUUUUAACCUUCAAGUCAACCAUUGUUUUUCUACUAAAACGCACAAAUUUAUGUUUUAAAAUCACAGAAGCAGUUAUUUUUGUUGAGUUAAGUAUUAUAUAUUAUACAUGUUAAAACAUAAUUUCAGUUGCAAAUUUAAGCAGAAAUACUUCCUUCUUUCUUCAUCCAAUCAGUCUUACAGGGUUUAAGAGGUAAUUCGGUAUAACAAGUGGUAUCAAUUCACAUACAUGCUUAAGACAUUCAUCUUAAGGUCCAUGUAAAGUGUUUUGAAACUGCUCCUCGGGUGAAUAUUUGUUUUAUGUUUUUAGGCCUCAUAAGCCUUUGUUUUUCAUAAAAUGUAUACCAAACUGUUCGGAAUAGUAGAGGUGUCUUUCAAGAGACGUUAUUAUGUACUUUGCUCGUCCAGAUUCUGUUUUGUACAAAAUAUCAAAAUGAAAGUAGAGCUGUCAAAAUGACAUAAUACUGCUACGUUCAAGAAAAUACGUAAGUUAACCAUAUUUCAUUACUGGGAGUACCCAGAUAAAUAUGUUACACACACAACUAAAACAAAGUUAAAGAAAAAAAUACUUUUAAAAAAAGAAGUUUUAUAUUUUCUUCAAAAUAGAACGUUUACAGUCGAAGUACAUGUGCUAUUAAACAACAUACAUAUUCCCAAAGAUGCUUACCUUUGAAUAAAGAUUUUUCUACUUGCUCAAAACAAUUCAGUAUAUUUAUUAUAAAUGGUAAGGAUCUAUUAGGUAUAAAUUUCCAAAAUUAAAAUUCAGGGGAAGUCUCCAAAGACUUAAACAUAAUAUCAGAUAUUUGUAAGAUACAAUAAAGACAAUGCAAGUGACAGGGUGUAACAAAAGUCCUUGUUUCUAUGAAAAAUGAAAAAAGAACAAGAAUGUGGAGUUAAAGUUUGAGCUGAUGUCUAUUUUUUUCUUUUAUUUAAGCAUCAUCACAUACGCUGUAACACCCUUAACAGAAUAGUGUACAGUUUUUCCAAAAGUCUUCUUCAAACAAAAUAUGACGGUGUCAUUGAAGAAAAUGAAAAGUUUACGGCAAUAUAAUUUUACAGUUAAGUGUUAGUAGUUUAGAAUUGCAUUAAGCAUAAUUAUAAGAUAUAAAGAAACACAAAUAGUGUACAUUGCCAACUUCCAUCAUACGAACUAGCCUGUGUAACAUGCGUUCAUCUAAAUUUUGAAAUAAAACAGUCUGCUUAUAUGUACCUUUGAUAACUCUUUCAUUAUAGAAAAUGUUUUCUAACGGUAACUGUCAUUGUCCAAGAUAUUUAUACAUUUAAAAAAAAGUGUGCCUUAGAUAAUAUUAGUUAAAUUAUGAAUAAAUACACACAUCGUAAUG